AUGCGAUCCGCGAUCCUCUCGAUCCUUUCGCUGCUCUCAACGCCUCUCCUCACAUACGCUUCGCCGUUUCCCAUGCCACCGCCCAGCAACGACAACAUCCUCAUUCCGCGAAAUUGCCCCAAUCCGUGCGGUUUCUACAAGCAGGUCUGCUGCGAAGCCAACCAGCAAUGUUACACCGACGCCAACAACCAGGCCGCAUGUCGAGCAGGCGGCGGCGACAACGGUUCCUGGGAACCCUUCACGACUACAUUUACACGGACGGAUCUGGUUGUAGUAACAUCGACGGGUAGCCGAUAUGUUGCGGCAACGGCGCCCGGAAACAGCCAGUGCAAAACAAAUCUGGGCGAGACCCCGUGCGGGGGCAUCUGCUGCACGGCCGCACAGAUGUGUAACGGGAAGGGUGUCUGCAUUCAAGCCGGAGGCUCGCCUUGGGAGACCAUUCCGGGCCCUUCAGCCAGCCCGCCGGUGCGCCCAACCAGUGGGUCAACUAUUACCGCCACAGUGCCAGUGACAACGACUGUUGGUUUUAUUCCCGCCGUCAGUACAGAUGGUACGACCUUGAUCGGCCCGGCUCCGGGGGGUGGAGGAGGCAGCCACUUGAGCGGCGGAGCCAUCGCGGGUAUCGUCAUUGGGUCUCUGGCCGGUGCCUUCAUUCUUCUGCUGCUUUGUCUCUGCUGCUGUGUCGGUGGCGCUGCCAAUCGUCUGCGUGGACUCUGCUGUGGAGGUCGGCGCCGCAGAAAUUCAUACUCCGAAUCCUCUAUGUCGCAGUCGGUUUCCGGCGCGCAGGGGCGUCCCCAUUCUCACCCAAGGCCACCACCCCAGUCAUCUGGGUUGAGCAAAUGGGCUCCUGUGUUGGGAAUUAUCGGCGCUAUUGCUUUAUGCCUGGGCUUGCGAAGACGGCGAGAUGAGUCUGAAAAAUCGACGGCAUAUAAUACCACCUAUUAUACCUCAAGUAGCAGCUCCAGCAGCCAUCUUGGACAUAACUGGGUUGAGCCCGAAAACCGGCCCCCACCUGGGCGUGGACCUGCUUCUGGAUAUUUCCCUGGUCGCCAUGCCAGCGUUCGCGAUGCGCGGGGCGACGAGUGA